AUGGCCCAUCCUAAUCGUGUCUGGCACGGCCCGGCCCGCCGAGGCAAGGGUCGUGCCGUGCCGGCCCGCGUGCUGCAGCCUGCAGCCCGGCACGCUCGUAACCGAGAGCACCAGGCCUCAAAACUUGCCGCACGGCCCCGCGCCUCGCGCCCUCGUCGCCGGCCGUGGCCACGCUCGCCCGCGCCGUGGCCGUUCCUGGCCGCGUCAGCGCCGCUCCCCGGCCUCCGCGUGCCGCCCGCGCCAGGCCGUGGCCGGCUCCGCCCGGCCACACCGCGCCUUGCGCCAUCGCCAUCUGACCGCAUCGGCCGCCUCGCGCCUCGGCCGCGCUCACGCGCUCGUCCGCACCGCCGGACUUGCGCCCUCCGCGCCGCGCCCCAGACCACGGCCUCCGAGCUGCGACGCGCCCCCGCGCCCGGCCGCCCGGCUGCGCGCCCUCCUGCCCAAGGCCGCUGCCCGGCCGCGCCGCGCUCCCGCGCUCAGCCGCGGCCUCCUGGCUUCGUGCCCGUGGCGUUCGCAGAACACGCCGACGCCAACGCGGGCUGGAGCAAGCUCGCGGAGAGGCUUUACGGCCGCACCAUGGCCGCCAUCGACCGCCGCGUCGGGACUUGA